AUUCAUUUUCCAUUUAUCACAACAGAACUGGUCAAACAUUUUCUCACACAAAGGAAACAAUUUAAAUCCUUACAAAUUAAACAAAGCCAAAAACCAACCAAAGAAGUUUAUUGUUGUAUUGGAAACAUAGUCCCUCAAAUUGCUGCAAUCAUGACGAGCAUCAUGUCGGAACAUAGCAUGAAGACCGAAACGCAGAGCAGGCGUUCGGUAAAAUCACAUGCAAGCAAACUGCAUGUAUUCGAAUAUGUUGCGCCGCAGGACUUGGACGUCGUGGCCAUCAUCUACAAGUACUAUCUGGAGGACUUUCGCAACUUCACGGAAGAGGAGCGUCAAUUGCGAUUGGCCAGUUUGGAUGCCCUGGAUAUGCUGCGAACCAUCGAGCAAGUGCACAACGAUGUGGCUACUCUUAGGUUGGAGAACCACAUCAUGGUCGAGUUCCUCGAGAAAAACGAUCCAAAGUUGUUGUUGGGAUUAAGGCAGCGUCGCACCUCGAUUCUUAGAAAAUUGCAAACGAAGCGGGGAUCUGCGCAGGGAAGUCAUGGCGUGAGUAGCCGGCACUCGAGCUCUAAGCGCUCCAUACCCAUGUCAGUGAAUCAGCUGGUCUCCAUAAGUGGCAUCGGAGCCCCAGAAAAGCGACGUGGAAUAGACUACAAGCUGAACUUCAAGGCGAAAGCCGAAAUGGCCGAGAAAAGAGCUGCUGAGGUGGAAAAGCGGGUAACUGAUAUCGAACGAAAUGCCAUGACCGAAGUGAAACAGCUGAGGGCCAAGAUAGAGGAACUCCGCUUUCGAAGUGAGGAAACCAUUGAGACGGAGAACAACUUUAUGCUUCACUUUCUGCGAGAUGAGAACGAUGUGGCCUUCUUGGAGUCCGCCACCGAGAGGCAGAUUGAACGAAAGCUGCGCAAGUUCACCACAAAUUGGUUUAAGAAUGCACGCGCUUUACUGGGAACCAUGAAACUAACCAUAGUAUCUCUGCAAGAAACAUGCCAGCAGCAUCGGGCGGAUCUGAUAACCAAAUCUGACCUAAGCGGUAUCUUAACGGCGGUGGAUUUUGAGAAGCUGAUUAUAAAGAGGACCGAGUUGGUUAAUCAGUUGGAAGAAAAGAACAUCCACAUGGCGGGUCUCAAAGGAGUCACUGGUAAAACGUCCUUGGCCAUGACUGAGGAAAAACAGGCCAUGAUGAACUUGGAGACUGAAAUGCGAACCGUUUUAAACAGAACGGAAGAGGUCACGCGAGCCAUUCAGAAACUGGAAAAGGAGGUGGCCGCCGUUCAAAUGCAUAACACCAAGGACUACGUGACCCUGGAUGAGUUGAGGGCCCAGCUCCAAGAUUAUGAGGCCCCGAGUGUCAGCGAGUACAUUGAGCGAAAGGAGGAGGCCCACGUCCUUGAAAAGGAGGAGAAGAUGCUGCAGCGCAAGAUAUACAUCCUCAACAUGAAGCUUAAUAACGCCAUUCGUCGGCGAAACCGUCUUGACGACAAUUAAAUUGUACGUUCGCCUAUGAAUGUUACUUGCCAAAAAUAAAGCGUAUACUUAAAUUGAUUUUGAUCCA